GAAGCUUUGAAGCAAAAACGGCGGAAUAACACGGAAGUGGUGGGAAGGAAAAAGGCUGGAGGACAGUUUGACACGUCGGCGGUGCUCUUUAAGAAAAUGGAGGAGGAGGUUUUGGCCACGGAGAGAUAUGGAAUUGAUGAAUCCUGGAAGUAUUUAGCAAAAGGUGGAGUGAUGGAGAGGAGGAGAGAUGACAGUGACGCUAAAUCAAGAGGAAACUCCAUUGUUGGCGUUUUUAAAAGCAUCUUUCUGCCUCAAGGCUACCCAGAGAGCGUGAGCGGCGACUACCUGCAGUACCAGUUUUGGGAUACAGUGCAGGCCUUCUCCAGCUCUCUAACGGGGACUCUGGCCACUCAGGCGUCGCUUAAAGGCGUCGGGGUUGGAAACCAGGAAGCAACAGUGGCUGCAGCCACCGUCACCUGGUUGUUAAGAGAUGGAACCAGCAUGCUGGGAAGGAUCCUCUUCGCCUGGCUGAAAGGGAACAAGUUGGACUCUGACGCAAAGAAAUGGAGGCUUUUUGCAGACGUUCUCAACGAUAUCGCCAUGUUCAUGGAAAUACUGGCACCGUAUUUCCCGGCUUGGUUCAUCUUGAUAGUGUGCACAUCAGGCAUAUUCAAGUCUGUGGUUGGCGUAGCGGGCGGAGCCACCAGAGCCUCCUUGACGGUUCACCAGGCUCGCCGGGACAACAUGGCCGACAUCUCUGCCAAGGACGGCAGUCAGGAGACUUUAGUGAAUCUGGCAGGACUUCUGUUCAGUUUGAUCCUCAUCCCGCUCGUCACGGAUAAUCCCGUACUGACCCUCGGCUUCUUCUUCGCCUUCACGGCCCUGCACCUCUUUGCCAACUACAAGGCCGUCCGCUCCGUUGUCAUGGAAACGCUCAAUGAGGCGCGGCUCGCCAUUGUGCUGCAGCAAUUCCUCCGAGAUGGACGCAUCGCGAGUCCAACGGAGGCUAAUAGGAAAGAACCCGUUUUCCUGGACUUUAGGACAAGUGUGCCGAUCAAACUUGGUGUAAGGCUUACGGAAGUCAUCCAGAGCCCAGAGGAGCUCCGUUUGGCUUUGAAGAAAAACAACAAGCCCUUCAUUUUGGGCGUCACAAGCGGCUGCGUUCGUGUGUGUUUGGGAUCACAUGCAUGCGUGCAAGAUGAAAUCCGAGCAAUGUGUCAGGCUAUUUGGAUUAGCAGCAAGUUGACAUCUUGCACAGAACCACAGAAGCAACAAGAUCUCGUGCGCGAGAGCCACAAGUUGAUGGACACUGUGUUCAGCACAUUUCUCCAAGGUGUGGAAGCUGCCGGCUGGGAGGUGAAAAGAACACUGCUGGACUGGGACGAGUGGAGGCUGGAGUGGAAAAACAAAAGCAGCUGAUGCUUGCUGAUUUUUGCAUCACAAUGUUUGCCAAGCAAAUAUACUUCAAUGAUUCACUGGCCUUUGUGGAAAUGUAUUUGUAGAAUAAA